AUGAGUUCUUGUUUCGUACCGAACGGGGCCAGCUUGGAGGAUUGCCAUUCCAAUCUAUUCUGUCUGGCUGACUUGACGGGGAUCAGAUGGAAGAAGUUUGUGUGGCAGGGCCCCACCUCUGCUCCCAUCCUCUUCCCGGUGACGGAGGAGGACCCCAUCCUGUGCAGCUUCAGCCGCUGCCUUAAGGCCGACGUGCUGAGCGUGUGGCGGCGCAGCCAGCGGCAGGGCUGGAGAGAGCUCUGGCUCUUCUGGUGGGGGGACGACCCCAACUUCGCUAAUCUGAUCCACCACGAGCUGGCAGCCGAGGAUGAUGACGAGUGGGAGAACGGCCUCUCCUACGAGUGUCGCACUCUGCUGUUCAAAGCCAUCCACAACCUGCUGGAGCGCUGCCUCAUGAACCGCGGCUUUGUACGCCUCGGCAAGUGGUUCGUCAAACCCUACGAGAAGCACGAGAAGCCGAUCAACAAGAGUGAGCACUUGUCCUGCGCUUUCACCUUCUUCCUGCACGGCGAGAACAACGUGUGCAGCAGUGUGGAGAUCAACCAGCACCAGCCCAUCUACCACCUUACAGAGGAGCACCUGGCCCUGGCCCAGCAGGCCUCCAGCCCGUUUCAAGUCAUCCUGAGUCCAUUUGGCCUGAAGGGAACGCUGACCGGCCAGUCGUUUAAGAUGUCGGACCCCCCCACGCAGAAGCUGAUCGAGGAGUGGAACCAGUUUUAUCCCAUCAGUCGCAGCAACAAGGACGGGGCUUCAGACGAUAAGUCUGAGGUUCUGGACUGGGAGGAUGAUUCUCUGGCCUCUGUAGAGGUCCUUGUCGGCGGAGUGCGUAUGGUCUACCCAGCCUGCCUGGUGCUCGUACCCCAGUCAGACAUCCCCGUCGUGGCCCCUGUGGGGUCCUCUCACUGCACUGCCGUCUACCCGGGUUGCCAACAAGUGCCUGCUUCCCAGCGAGAGCCUGCCAUGUCACUGGUGACCCUCACCCCUCCCACGUCACCAGAGGACGCUCACACAGUCGACUCUCAUUCGGCCCAAAAGUGGGUUAAGAUGCCAUCAUCGUCAGAUUCUUUCAGCGUGGACAGAACGAGUCACCACGGGGGGAAGAUUCCUCGCAGGAUGGCCAGUCAGGUGGUGGAGCGUGUCUGGCAAGAGUGCAAUAUCAACAGAGCGCGGAACAAGCGGAAGUUUACAGCUGCGUCCAACGGUACCUGUGAAGACGAGGUGGAGGCCAAAGUCGGAGCCUGGGAUUUUGUGGUGCCUUCCCAGAGGUCCUGCUGUGGCUGCUCCAGACAUAAAAACGUAGCGAAGCAGCGACCGGGCGGCGCCCCGGGCCAAACACAGUCCACGGCUCAGGCCUCCCAGCCUCCAGCCAAGCACAAAACUGGAGGAGAGAAGCCGGAGAAAGGAGAGAAGCUGCCCAAGAGGCCGCAGACGCCGUUCCAUCACCGCAGCUCCACCAGCGAGGAGGCCUCCAUGGAGAACGAGGCGGCGGUGGGCCAGAGGCUGGCCCUGAGGGGGCAGGACGGGGGACGCUUCCGAUCCUCCGAUGUUAGCAGCCUCACUAAAGCCACGCAGCUCCACGGCGAAGCCAUCGGUGCGGGGCCCUCAGAACAGUCCAACUCCCCCCAGCCCCCGCCACUUAGCCCCCACCCCUGCGAGCGCAGUGAGGAGUCAGGGGAGGCCAUAAAGAACCCUUCCACCCCCAACAGCCAACACUUUUAUCAGCUGCCCCCAGAGCCCUGCCUGGCGGGGGCGAAGGGAGGCAGCGAGGAACCCGGCGGCCCCGAGGGCAUCAGUCAGCACUUUCACUCCCAUCCAGGGAACUCGGCUUUCUCCGAGCCUCCUGAGCCCACCAUGUAUGUGGGAGCAGCCGUCGACCUGGAGGACGACGGCUCCCACACACCGUGGAGGUUAUUCAACCUGCCUCGCAGGAAGGAGGCGGAGCUACCUACGCCGCCGCUGCCUGGAGACAAGCUGAGGGACGAGGCCGCCGCAUCGCAGGACCUGGUGUCGGUCACAGAAGUGAUGUCUACAUCUAAAAUGCCACUAAAGGUGUCUGAGGAGCGGCUUCAGAUGUAUAGAGCCAGGAGGAACCAGUACUUAUCUGCUGCCGUCACCGAUGGAGACCACGAGCCCGAGGUGGACCCCUACGCCUUCGAGGAAGGAGACGUCAAGUUCACAUUCUCCAACAAGAAGGAUAAAGGGGCGGGAGAGCGGGAGCCAGGCAAGAAGAACAAGGGUGAAGAUGGAGGAGCCGGUCAAACUGAUGAUGCCCAACACGCCGCUGCUCAAAACCGCAUGACCUCCAGCAGCCUGAUGCACGUGACGGACCUGGUGGUUUCCUUCAACGACCUCGACAACCUUUUCAACUCUGAUGAGGAUGAUCUAACGCCCGGUACCAGGCGGCCUGUGAACGGGGCCGAUGAGAAGUUUGGCAAAGAGUCAAAGCCAUCCUCGUUGGACCCAGCCUCCUGCAUUAGUUCAGACCUACAGAGUUUUCCCACGCCUCCAUCCCUCGAGCAGCAGAUCAUGGGUUACUCGCCCAUGAACAUGUGCAGCAAAGAUUACGGCAUCAUGGAGACUAACCACGGCAUGACCAUGCUGGACGGGACCUCUGUGCUGGGCGGCCACUUCAAGAUCGAGGUGGAGGAGAGCUUCUGCAGCCCCAAACCGUCUGAGAUCAAGGACUAUUCGUUUGUGUAUAAGCCCGAGCUGUGCCAGGCGUUUGUAGGCUGCUCCAUGUUCGCCCCCCUGAAGACGCUGCCCAGCCAGUGCCUCCCCCCCAUCAAACUGCCAGAGGACUGCGUCUACCGAGCGAGCUGGACCAUGACCCGAGACGUGCUGCAUCCUGUGCCAGUGUUGGGCUUCCUAAACAAAGACAGUAAUAUUCCCAGUGUGGGCAGCACCAUGGACCAGGACUACACCCAGACCUACACCCCCCAGACCCACACUCCUUUCAUGUCCAACAGCGCCCCCCCCAGCAACAGCGGCGCCGGCAUCCUGCCUUCCCCCGCUACGCCACGCUUCUCCGCCCCAACCCCACGCACGCCUCGGACUCCGCGCACCCCUAGGGGCCCCUCCAGCGUACAAGGCUCAGUAAAGUACGAGAAUUCGGACCUGUACUCUCCGGCCUCGACGCCUUCGACGUGCCGACCGCUGAACUCGGUGGAGCCGGCCACGGUCCCCUCCAUCCCCGAAGCCCACAGCCUCUACGUGACGCUGAUCCUCUCCGAGUCGGUCAUGAACCUCUUCAAGGACUGCAACUUCGACAGCUGCUGCAUCUGCGUGUGCAACAUGAACAUAAAGGGAGCCGACGUGGGAGUGUACCUGAGCGGCGCCGACGGUGAGGACCAAGAACCCUGCAGCUGCGGCUUCAGCGCCGUGGUGAACAGGCGCUACGGACACGGCUCGGGCCUCUUCCUGGAGGACGAGCUGGAUAUCAUGGGCCGCGGCUCGGACGUCAGCAAGGAGGCGGAGAAGAGCUUCGAGGAGCAGAGGCUGUCGUCACUGGAGAGGACGGGGGUCAGAAACGGGGACGGCUUCCCAGACGAGCUGAUUUUUCUCCUGCAGGACCAAUGCACAAACCCAUUUUCACCCAUCUCGGUAACAGAGCAUGAGGCGGCGGCGUGGGGGCCGAGCGGGGCCCCUAUACCCGCCUGCAUACGAGUGGAGGAGAGGGACUACCGCAACGACUGCUACAUGGCUCUGGAACACGGCAGGCAGUUCAUGGACAACAUGUCUGGAGGCAAAGUGGACGAGGCGCUGGUGAAGAGCAGCUGCCUGCACCACUGGGCCAAACAAAACGCGGUGGACGUGAGUUCCCUGUGCUCUCAGGAUGUGCUGCGGGUGCUGAUGUCGCUCCAGCCUGUUCUCCAGGACGCCAUCCAGAAAAGGAGGACAGUGCGGUCGUGGGGGGUGCAGGGUCCCCUCACCUGGCAGCAGUUCCACAAGAUGGCAGGGCGGGGCUCCUACGGCACAGACGAGUCUCCAGAGCCUCUGCCCAUCCCCACCUUCAUGGUGGGCUAUGAGUCUGAUUCCGAGUUCGUGGUCCUGUCUCCGUUCGGUUUGCCGUACUGGGAGAAACUUCAGCUGGAACCGUACGGCUCUCAGCGGGACGUCGGGUACGUCGUCGUUUGUCCCGACAGCGAAGCCAUGCUCAGCGGCGCCAAAAGCUUCUUCAGAGACCUCACAGCUGUUUACGAGUCCUGUCGCCUGGGUCAGCACCGGCCUAUUUCCAAGAGUUACCCUGAUGGGAUCGUCGUCGUUGGCGGCAGUGCAGCCAAAAACGUCAUGGAUCAGCCCGUCAGCGAUUGGUUCCUGAAGGCUGCCAGCAGCAACAGCGACGCCUUCACCAAGCUAAAGCUCUAUGCACAAGUUUGCCGGCACAACCUCGCUCCUUACCUCGCCUCUCAGACAUUAGAUAGUUCACUCCUCACACAGCCUAGUGCCUCUUCUUCAUCCAGCCACACUUCAUCCAAUCAACAGUCUAGCUCCACCUCUACCACAGCCAGCCAGCAAACCCCCUCAGCUCCCAACAGCAGCAGCACCAACGGCGGCUCUGGAAACGCCUCCGCUUCAUCCAACGGCCUGCCGGCGUCCUCGGGCCAGCCGGGCAGCGCCGUGCCGUCUGGAAAGCCCAACUCUUUCCCGCCUUUCGGAACCGUGAACAGCCAGGGUUCCCAGAGCGGACAGCAGGCCGCCACCCAGAACGCUUCCACCUCAGGGGACGGCUCCAGCAGCCAGGCGCAGGGGCCCACAGAGCCUCCUGAAAGCACUUUGGAGCGGGAGAAGAUAGGCGUGCCUACAGACGGGGAGUCCCACGCCGUCACCUACCCUCCUGCCAUCGUUGUUUACAUCGUGGACCCCUUUAGCUACGAGGAGGCAGACAGUGGCUCCCAUUCCUGCGUUUGGACGCUGGGUUUGCUGCGCUGUUACCUGGAGAUGCUUCACUUUCUGCCUCCAAACAUUCGCAACUCUAUUUCUGUACAGAUUAUUCCAUGUCAGUAUCUGCUUCAGCAAGUCAGAGGAGAAGACCAUCACAUCUACGCACAGCACCUCAAAUCCCUGGCCUUCUCCGUCUUCACUCAGUGCAGACGGCCGCUGCCCACCUCCACCAACGUCAAGUCACUAACGGGCUUCGGCCCCGGCUUAGCCAUCGACAACUCACUCAAGAGCUCAGAGAGGCCAGAGUGUUUGCGUCUCUACACGCCUCCAUUUAUCCUGGCUCCAGUAAAGGACAAGCAGACGGGGCUGGGCGAGACGUUUGGUGAAGCAUCACAAAAAUACCAUGUGCUGUUUGUGGGAUACUGUCUGUCCCACGACCAGCGCUGGCUUCUGGCUACAUGCACUGAUCUGUACGGGGAACUGCUGGAGACCAACAUCAUCAACAUCGACGUGCCCAACAGAGCUCGGAGGAAAAAAGGCUCCGUACGUCGGCUCGGCCUGCAGAAGCUGUGGGAUUGGUGCCUGGGAUUAGUUCAGAUGACAUCUGUUCCUUGGAGAGUGGUGAUUGGCCGGCUGGGCAGGAUGGGGCAUGGAGAGCUAAAAGACUGGAGCAUCUUAUUGAGCAGGAGAAACCUGCAAUCAAUCAGCCGCCGUCUGAAGGAAAUGUGUCGAAUGUGUGGAAUCUCCGCCUCCGACACUCCCAGCAUCCUCAGUGUGUGCCUGGUCGCCAUGGAGCCGCAGGGAUCCUUCAUCAUCAUGCCAGACUCCGUCUCCACAGGCUCCGUGUUUGGCCGGAGCACCACCUUAAACAUGCAGACCUCGCAGCUCAGCACGCCGCAGGACACCUCCUGCACGCACAUCUUGGUGUUUCCCACCUCCGCUUCUCUUCAAGUGGCCAGCUCCAGUUACACCAACAUCGACAACAACAUCGACCUCCUCAACGCCACCACCGAUGGAUCUGGUAUUGGGAUCUUUGACCUGCUUGACCCGGAGAAUGAGUUGGAGGCAGCCAUCAUCAACAUGUCACCCACUACUUCUCCAGUACACUCCCCCAGCCAUAAUUACCACCACGGGGUGGACGGCAGUAAGGGCCAGAGCACAGACCGCAUGGAGUCUCACGAAGAGGUUCCUAACCUCCUGCAGCAGCCGCUGGCGCUUGGUUACCUGGUCUCCACGGCGAAGGCCGGCCCGCUGCCCGACUGGUUCUGGUCGGCCUGUCCGCAGGCUCAGAACCAGUGUCCGCUCUUCCUCAAGGCCUCUUUGCACCUCCAUGUGUCUUCUGUGCAAUCAGACGAGCUGCUGCAUAGCCGGCACUCCCACCCCCUUGACUCCAAUCAGACCUCAGAUGUACUCAGAUUUGUGCUGGAGCAGUACAACACUCUCUCCUGGCUUACGUGUGACCCGGCAACGCAGGACCGAAGAUCGUGUCUGCCCAUUCACUUUGUGGUGCUCAACCAGAUGUACAACUUCAUCAUGACCAUGUUGUAACCAGCAGCCUGUCAGAGGAGAGGCGGAGGAAGGAGAAGCCUUCAAAGAGGAGCAAAGUGGCACCAGAGUACAGAGCUGGAUCCUGCACCCAGAUGGAAUCCCUGCUCCCGCUCCCGGCCCGGCCCGGCAUGGCCCGCCAUCACCAGGACUCAGAGUGUAGAAAACCGGCAACUAAUGAACGCCAGAGAUUGACGGGUUUACUGUCAUGGUAUGUAGCAUGGCAGCAGAGUCACUGGCCAGUCUGUAUUAGAGAGUUUAUCUGUAAUGUUAUUGGAAGAAAAGGGACAUAUUUGAUCUAGGAAAAACGGAUCUCUGCUUUUAAUACGACAAAAUCCUUUUUAAGGCUUUAGAUGAAAAAGUAUCCAAAUGAAAUGCCUGCAUCUAUCUUAUUUAUUGUAAGUUUUUAAAUGUAUAAAUUGUCAUAUUUCUUACCCUCUUUUAUAUAUAAAAUGAAGGUUUAUAUCACCUUCCUGCUUUAAAGCAAUUGGUCUCAGAUAUAUGUAUUCGUCUUAAUAAAGGAACCUGGAAGAAAAUCCCAUAAAAAAAAGAAAUAAAGUCCCAGUAGGUCGCUUUUAGAGUAUUAUUUUUUUGUAACGAAGACAGAAUAUUUGUA